AUGUGCCGGUGGAGCCCGAACGCAGCCCGUGUGGCCGUGUGCCGCCGGAGCCCGAACGCAGCCCCUGUGGCCGUGUGCCGCCGGAGCCCGAACGCAGCUGAUGUGGCCAUGUGUUUUCUUGCCGAGGAAUUACGGAAGUUGAGCUGGUCUGGAAUCCCUAAGCCGGUUCGUCCAAUGACCUGGAAGCUGCUCUCAGGUUACCUUCCUGCCAAUGUGGACCGAAGACCAGCCACUCUCCAGAGAAAACAGAAAGAGUAUUUUGCUUUUAUUGAGCACUAUUACGACUCUCGGAAUGAUGAUGUUCACCAGGACACCUACAGGCAGAUCCACAUAGACAUCCCUCGAAUGAGUCCAGAAGCAUUAAUACUUCAACCCAAAGUGACAGAGAUUUUUGAAAGGAUAUUGUUUAUAUGGGCGAUACGUCACCCUGCCAGUGGAUAUGUUCAGGGGAUUAAUGACCUUGUCACUCCUUUCUUUGUAGUCUUCAUGUGCGAACACAUAGAGGAGGAGGAUGUGGACGCUGCCGACGUCUCCCGCGUGCCCGCAGACGUGCUGCGUAAUGUCGAGGCCGACACGUACUGGUGCAUGAGCAAGCUGCUGGAUGGUAUUCAGGACAACUAUACCUUUGCCCAGCCUGGGAUUCAAAUGAAGGUGAAGAUGUUGGAAGAGCUCGUGAGCCGGAUUGACGAGCAAGUCCACCGGCACCUGGACCAGCACGAGGUGAGGUACCUGCAGUUCGCCUUCCGCUGGAUGAACAACCUGCUGAUGCGGGAAGUGCCCCUCCACUGCACCGUCCGCCUGUGGGACACCUACCAGUCUGAACCUGACGGCUUCUCUCAUUUCCACCUGUAUGUCUGCGCUGCUUUUCUGGUGAGAUGGAGGAAGGAAAUUUUAGAAGAGCGGGAUUUCCAGGAGCUGCUGCUCUUCCUUCAGAACCUGCCCACAGCCCACUGGGGCAACGAAGACAUCAGCCUGCUGCUGGCUGAGGCCUACCGCCUGAAGUUUGCCUUCGCGGAUGCCCCCAAUCACUACAAGAAAUGAGCCGGGGCCAGCGCGGCUGGCCUCACCCCACCCCGGGGUGGCGCCCCUAGCGCCCAUGGCUGCAGGCCGGUGGCCAAGGAGGGGCCUUGCUGGGCGACCCUGCCCUCCAGGGAGCUGGCCAGGACUGGGCGUCAGGUGAGGGCCAGGGCCUGGCCGGGGGCCGCCUCUGUUUCCUAAGAUACCAAAGAGAGCGAGGGGAGGGUCUUGG